AUGUGCUAUGGGGCCGUCAGUGGGAUCUUAUCGGCUCAUUCACUCCUCCUAGCCAAGUCGGCGGUGGAACUACUGGUACGCACGCUGGCAGAUGGGAAGAACCAGUUCAACCGCUGGCAAUCGUGGGUGAUUCUGCUGGCCAUGAUCUCCCUAGCCCUAACGCAGCUAUUCUAUCUGCACCGUGGACUCAAACUUUGCAGCACGAGUAUCUUGUACCCGUUUGUAUUUUGCAUCUAUAACAUUAUUGCUAUUCUCGAUGGCCUGAUCUAUUUCCGGCAGACCUCCCAGCUUGGCGGGCUCCAUGCUGGUCUCAUCGCUUUGGGAACGGUCAUCCUGCUCGGCGGUGUUCUUUGCCUGUCUUGGCGGCUGGAGGACAUUGACAAUCACGCUGCUGUCACUACAGUUGGCUCUACACAGACCGGGCUUGGUCCAGGCAUGGGGAUUGUCGAGGAGCAGCACUCUUCAACCUCGAAUGGGCUAAUAGAUGGAACGGACGACGAGGAAUCGCAGGUCGGAGAACAAGAUCCCCUUCUUGGAGCGGUCCGGCCUCGACUUUAUGGGUCGUAUCACCGAGCCCGAGCUCCUAGUCUUCCGCUUAUUCCACCAGGCGACCACGGCGAAGCUGCCGAUCUCAACGCCGCGUCAAUUUGGGCUGAGCUUGACGACUCUGACUAUGACUUUUUCGACCCACAAAUACACUCUUUGGGGGGAUCGGCCACGCAGUUCAAGCGGCAGUGCAGCGCUGCAUGGCUCCGUGCGCGGCCUCGCGCGCCACUCAACCAUUGGUGCAAUGCCAUACCAUCGUACACGAGGCUCUCGUCGCCCUCAACCUACACAAGUCGGCCUCUGGAGACGCUCAUCUGCACCCCUGACAGGGUUCACGGGCUUACAACGCAAGCGAAAGAGCCUGUGGGGAUUCUAUGCGUCGGCCUUCCCGAGAACGGUCACCCCUGGGUACGGAACAACCCGGGAAGACGAUGGUCUUCGAGGAAGAGACAGCGACGAAACAACCCCUUCCCGAAACCCAGGAUUUCUUGCGGGAUCGAGAAGGUCUCUCGCCAGUGCCUGGCAAAACGGACGCCAUUACUUAUCUCGAUGGGUAAGCCCGCAGGCGGGCAAUCAAGCCGCCCACAAUGA